CUACAAAUGCGAUAUAUGCCAAUACAAUAUACUAUAUACACAAGGCCGGAAGCCAGAGAAUGGUGUUACACUAAAAUCCGCCCCCCGUGUUUCGCCGGUGUAUUCUCGGUCAACAUGGCCAAUUCAGCUUGUGCCGCAUUUCUCCUUGGGAGGACUGCUCAAGGGUUUCUCUUCUCCAGGGCAGCGCCUGCGUUCUCGAGCCCAUUUCUGUGUCGUGCUCAUCGUUUGGGUCCCAGUGAUGAUGAGAUGUACCAACGGACCAUGGUGUCUAUCAUGCAGAAGGAGCCUGGCGGUGCGUUCAUGAUCCAAAGUUACACCUCCAGAGGAUUUACCAUUAACGGCAACAAGGUGUUUGGACCCUGUGCUCUGCUUCCUCCUGCUAUCCUACAGUGGAACGUUGGCAGUUAUAAAGACAUCACUGAAGAAAGUGUUUCACUCUUUCAUAUGUUGGAGCCAAGAAUAGAAAUCCUUGUGUUGGGCACAGGUGCACGGCUUGAACGAAUCAACCCCUCAGUUCUUGCUCUACUCAGAAGUAAAGGUAUCGCUGUGGAGGUGCAGGACACGCCGAAUGCAUGUGCAACCUUUAACUUCCUGACUAAUGAGCGCAGACUGACAGCUGCUGGUCUGAUCCCUCCACCUGCCAGCACAGCUCUGGAAAUAACGUUGAAAGGAUAGAUGCUAUUGAAUUACCCUGGGUCUGGCACAAGGCAACGCUAAUGCAAAGAUUAUUGUGUUAGGAGCAGAUGUGGUGAGGCCUCACACUAAACAUCCGCUUAAUUUGUAUUUGAUAUUUCACUCAAAAGUUAAAACAAAUGUUUAAUUUAGGUAUGAUGUUAGAUUUUGUACCAAGGUUCCAAGCAGGCAAAAUAUUUUUUUACAAAUGAUCGUUUUGUCUGAGUUUAUGCAUGUGUUUGUGUCUCUGCCUCCUUCUGUGUGUUCAAGUAAAGACUCUUAAUGAUGGAGAAAUACACUGUAAUGAAGUAAAGCUUUAUCCUUUCAGUUUUGUAAAUAAAUACUGUGUAAUAAAAUGUUUAUAUCAGAA